GUAGAAAUCUCUACCGAAUAAGUUGUUUGAAGUGACGGAUCGCCAUUUUGCUUUGUUUAGUGUGGUUUAGUUUGUGAACAAUAUCAAAUCAAUAACACACAGUGAUCGUUAUUCGGGUUGGUGAUACAUUUGUGCUUUCGGUGUUAAAGUGUAGUGCAUUUGCAACAGUAGAAUCGCUGUUGAAAUGGAGCUAUGAACACACAUCUGUAAGUCAGUUUAGAAGACAUUUCUGUGACUGUCUUUCAAGGAUAUGGCACCGAGCAAGGAGAUCAAGGAUGGGUACACAUCCACUUUGCAGGAUUUAAACUGUAACAGUAAGCCACUAAUCAGUGUGCUGACUAUGCUGGCGGAGGAGAAUGUGGCCCAUGCUAAAGUUAUUGUUGAAGCAAUUGAAGAACAUCUGGCUAAGGUUCGUACUGAGGUGAAAUUGCCUGUUCUGUAUCUUAUCGAUUGUAUAAUCAAGAACGUUGGAGGACCCUACACACCUGCAUUCUGCAAUAACAUUGUGCAACUGUUCUGCAGUGUAUUUCAACAAGUCGACGAGAAGACGCGAACAGAAAUGUACAAGUUGAGGCAAACUUGGAACGACGUACUUCCAAAAAGUAAAUUGUAUGCAUUAGAUGUUCAGACAAAGCAAGUGGAUCCUGCUUGGCCAAUCACAGCUCCUCCACCAAACAUACACUUUAAUCCAAAAUUUUUUAAACCCAAUGCAACUAAAGAAGCGCCGAAACCGGCUAUUAACAACAUCGUGUCAACUGCCACCGAUCCUACAACGUUGGAAAUGCAACAAAAGAUAUUAAGCAAACAGAAGCAGUUGUUGGAAUUACAACAAAAGAAAUUAGAAUUAGAACUGCUACAGACACAAGUUAAAAUGAAAGAGGAACAAUUGAAAAAAUCGACAAUAGUAGGUGAAGAUAUUGCACCUGCUACUGCCAAGAAUUUAUUGUUAAAGCCAGAAGUAGCGAAACAAUUGGAAGAAGAGCCGGCAAUAGAAGUAAAGAAUAAUGCUAUAAUAAAUAGUAAUACAAAUAUUGGAGUACCAAAAACGUCAGGUGGCUCUUUGAUAGGAGGUUCGCGACCAAAUCGAGAUCCUCGUUUACUUCGUCAACAGGUGCCUGGCCCAACAACGAUUGGGCUGCAAAAUACUGUAAAUACUAUUGUGCAAUUAGAGAAUAAAUCUAAUACCACAAACAGUCUAGAUAAUAAAAUUGUUAGUAAUAAAAUGAGCAACAGAGUUGAAAGAACCGAUGCUCGUUUUGUAAAUAAUAAAGAUGAAGCCCCCCAAAAAGCUGCUAAAACUCUGUCCCGUAUCCCAUUAAAGUCUAAGCGUUCCACUUCUCCCAAAUCAAAAUCCUCUCGUAGUUCUAAAUCGUCAUCUUCUGGCUCUGGCUCCACAAGUUCUCUAGACUCGCCCACAAAAAAAACUUCGUUGGUUCGCUCCUCAUCAAAGUCGCCGACUAUAAAAUACAAGAAAGGCCAAUCUCGUACUGACAAGAAAGGAAAGAUUAUCAGCAAAGCUGAAAAAAUAUCGCCGAAUAAAGAUUCAAAUGGUGGAACAUUUAAAGAUAUUAAGGGUUUGAAGAAUCGCAAUUACAUGAGACGUAAUCGCAUCAGCCCCGAUCUAGAUGAGAUGCGAGAUGUAGAUUUGAGGAUGAACGGACCUCCAGAGAAGCAGUCACGAUUACACGAUGAAAUCAUUGAGAAAUCAAAUGAUGAACAAAAUGUGGAUAUUGAUUUGAGACAAAUUCCAGCAAGUAAAAAACGAACGUCGAUGGAUGCGCCAGAACCGCCAACUCUCAAGAAGAACAAAACGGAGAUGUUCGACGUAUUAUUUGGAAAUGAAGAUGUUGACUUGAGGCAAUUCCCUGUUAGCAGCAAAUCAACGAAGAGCACGGAAAGACCGCCGACACCACCUCCGCCAAUCAUCUCCAGUUCCUCGCCGAAACAGGAUAGUGCCGGAAACGAGAGUUCACCGAAGUGCGAUUUAGCUACUAAACCAGCAUUAGAAUUGGUUAGAGCUAAAUUGGCAAACGCUACUAAUAUUGAUAAAUUCAACAAGUCCAGGUUUAAUUUACAUGCAGAACAGAAGAAGCAACAAGAUAAUAAAGAAAAGCUGGUAUUGGAUGAAUCAUUGAAUAAAAUAAUAAUUUCGCAAGCUGAUGAAGAAUGUAUUAUGACUGGAAAUAUGACAAAAGCGCAAGAAAGUGCUUUGAUGAAUAAAAUCAUAGCUCAAAUUGAAAAUCAAAAGUUAAAGGAAGCCAAACGGAAAGACAAUGAAAAUAAUGAUGGAACUUUACCUCCAUCCCAAAAUAAUAACACUACGAGCGACGAAGAAAUGGACGUUGAAAAUACUGAAUUUGUCGAGCAAAGAAAUGUCAAUAAACACCAGCCUGUGCAUUCAGGGGAAGAGUUCCGCAAUCAAGAAGGUAGAAAUAGACGAGGAAUGGGCUCUGGACUUGGAGGACCUUGGCGAGGUAAUAGGCGCGGAUUCCCUGGACCAAGAGGACCUAUUCGAGUACCAAGACCUGGAAUCGAACCAUGGAUUCGGCCUUUAAAUCCUAACCCGCAAUGGCGACAACCAUUCCAUGGAAAUAUAUUCGAUGAGGAGAAAAUGAUGCCAGUUUCUGAUUUAAUAGACCAAAGAAGUCAAUCUCCCUCAACGUUGGAUAUGGUUGUUAAUUGUGCCAAUCAAGACAAUACCAAGAGUAUUAAUAUUGAUGGUGAACCUAGAGAUAUUAUCUUUUACGACGAAACCGCAAUUGCUUUUAUGACGUGGGAAGAUCCAUACGAAAUCUCAUUUCAAGCUGGUACACGUCGUGUAACAUUUGAUGAUAAUAUGACUUACACAUUAUCGUUUAAUGAAAAAUAUCAAGAAGUGAAUAUUGGCGAAUCUACUUAUAAAGUUCGUUUGGGUGCACCGACUCGUGAGAUUUACAUUGACGGCAAUGGCUACGAAUGCUUUUUUGGUGGUCCCGGUGUGACAAUUGAUUUAAAUGGUAAACUGACUGUAGUGAAAAUUGAAGGACCACCACCACAAGUUAAAAUAGGCACAGUCCGUAGAACUGAUUUGGUAGCAGGGAAAAUAAACCUUAUCAUCGAUGCCAAAACCAUCGUUCCCAUUUAUUUAGAUUCACGCACACAAAAAUUUAAUAUAGACAAUAUGAUGCAUACAUUGAAGUUUACGGAUGCAUUAAAAACUGUGUUAAUCAACGAUGUUGCGUUUAAAGUUGAGUUUGGAGGCUUACCUAAGCCCAUUACCGUCAAUGAAAAGAAGCAUUUUGUGCGGUUUUCCAAGCUGCCGAAAGGCCUUAGACCAGGACAUGUUUUCAUUAAGGAUAUGGAAGGUUGUAAGCCAAUACUUAGUGAUAAUGAAAAUAGCCAGGAUAGUAAUGAUGUUAUAGCAGACACAGUUACAAAACUAUUGCCGAUCGUUACAUCAACUAAAAAGAAAUCACGUUUUAGUGAUGACUCACCAGAUAGAACUUCUAGUUCUCCAAAUACUGUUAUUAGCAAUCUACUUCAACAACCUACAUUUAGUAAUAUAGAUUCAUUAUUAUCAAAUGCAUUUGCUGCUUCAACAUCAGUAACAUCAUCAAAUCAAACUACUUAUCAGACGGAUGCAACUGAGAUGGCAGUUCAAGAACCAGAUGUUAAGCUUCCAGCAGAAUCGGCACCAUCCGUUACACUGCCACCGUCGUUGAAUAUAAAUGAUUUAUUCCUAAAGCUAGUUAGUGCUGGCAUUGUGACGUCUAACAAUUUACCAAAUGACACACAAUCCGGACAAACUGUUUCUCAACAAUCAGAAAUUGCUGUAGAAAAACAAGAACCCAAACCUAAGAAAGAAUAUGUGGCCCCAAUAAUCAAACCUAUUGAUUUUGGAAAACCAAACACUUUAAAAAUCAAACAGCCAGCAGUCAUAUACUCGUUAUAUUCUGGAAUGCAGUGUAGCAGCUGUGGUAUGCGUUUUCCUCCAGAAAAUAGUGUUCUCUAUAGUCAACAUUUGGACUGGCACUUUAGGCAGAAUAGAAAAGGGAAGAAAAGUAUACGCAAAGCCACUAGCAGAAGGUGGUACUACGCUAUUUCCGACUGGAAUAAUUACGAAGAAAUUGAGGAUUUAGAAGAACGAGAAAAAUGCUAUUUUGAAAACCAAGAACAAGGAGAUGGUGCAAAUGACGAAGGCGAAGAAGAAAUUGAAAUACCGAGCGUUCCCGCAGAUUCCAAUAUUCCUGAAGCUCAUUGUGAAGUUUGUCAAGAGAAGUUUGAACAAUUUUACAAUGAAGAGAAAGAAGAGUGGCAUCUACGAAUGGCAAUCAGGAUUGAUGAACAAACAUAUCACCCCCUUUGUUAUGAAGACUAUCAGGCAUCAUUAGUUGAAACGACGUUUGACGAAACGUUGAAUGCAACUGUCCCUGAGGUAAAGGAACCAGAAAUAUUAGGAAUUAGCAAAUCGAAAACUUCUAUACCAGGAUUGGAGGUGGGUUUGGACGAGACGAAGGAUGAGGAUGUGCAAGAAAUUUUAAUAGAUGAUUGUGAGAUUAGCGUUAUAAGUGUACAUACACCAAAAAGUGAUGGGGAUGAUCAAGAGAUGACUGAAGCAGAAACAACUGAAAAUGCUAUCGAAAAUCCUGAAAGUAUGAUUACUGAUGACAAUGAAGAAAGGACAGAAAAUGAUGAGGACGAUGAUGUGAUAAUACACGAAGUGCAACCAGAACGUAUCAUUUUAGAUGAAUACGAAUUCAAAGACAGCCAAUUAGAUGAUAGCUGUUUGAUUCCUGGUGUGACUGUGAAACAAGAACCAGUAGAUGACGGUUUUAUGGACGUGGAGAAUUUUAAAUUGGGAGAAAUUAAAAUUAAAAAGGAGCCAGUAACACCAGACGAAUCAUUUGAAGAUAUUGGCCACAUAACUGAAGUCGUUGAAGUCGAUGAUUUGGAGCGACCUGAUACACGGCCAGCGGAUUUAAUAGCAGCAAUUGAUGGUAAUGUUGAUAUAAAUACGGGGAUGGUUGCGCCAAGUUGCGGUAUAAGUGGUAAAAUAAAAAUUAAUAUCUCGAAACCAUUACCUGUAAUUGCCCCAAAAGAAAAUAAAGAUAUAUCUGUUGAUGUUGAUAAUAAUAUAGAACCCAUUGAUCCUACCCAACCUUUACCACCGGGUGAAGAGCCUGUGCAAUUGCAUCUGAAGCCCGCACUACAAGGUAUCGAGUUGAAAAAAAUGCCAAUGGUAAAAAAAGGUUCGGAAUUGACUGGCCUUUGCUCUAUUAUGUGAUCUGUUUUAUAUAAAAAAAAGUAUAUAUAUUGUAAAUAGUAAAAAAAAAAUGUAUAUAAGUAAUAUAUAUGAUCGAUUGAAGAUUCAAAACGCUGGCAGCAAUAUAAUUUCCACUUGC